UCGUAGCAUUCUUGCAGAUUUAGUUUCACUUUGAGAGCGAGCUUUUGCCAUUCGGUAGAAUUUCACAUUUUCCUGCAGAAAAUGACUAGUCAACAGUGCAAAAAGUUACAAAAGAAGACCAGAAGAUGCCAAGUCCUGAUUGAACAGAACACCGGCAUUAAAUGCACUGACACAGUGGAAAUGAACUUGGUGAUCUGUAAUGCUGGACUCUCAACAGGACUACGCCCGGAAAGUGUCUUAGAAGUGAUUGGAGGUGUGGGAAAGAUUUCAGCGAUUAUCAUGCUUCCUGGAAAGUCUUUCUGCUUCUUGUCGUGCCCAACAAUAGAGGAUUCAGACAGGAUUUUUCAACAUCUUCAUGGAAAGGCAAAAUUAGCUCAGAAUCAGGGACUGAUUUUUCUGUCUUUCUGCAGGGAUCUCCCAAAAAUUGAAAGUCCCUGGGAGAGGAACACAAUUCCACCAGGUCUUGUAGUCCUCAAAGACUUCAUAUCGGAGGAGGAGGAAGAGAAACUCAUGAAAUGCGUCAAUUGGACGGAAGAAGCCUCAGGAAAGGAACUGAAGCAUCGGCAAGUGAAGCAUUUUGGCUAUGAAUUUCGCUAUGGAUCCAAUGAUGUGGAUCCUGAAGUGCCUCUAAAUGAGAAAAUCCCUCAGGAAUGCCAUAUUCUGUGGGAGAGAAUGCACAAGAAAUACCCCGAUAUCGAUUGGUCUACUCCUGAUCAACUCACAGUCAACAAGUACGCUCCUGGUCAAGGAAUUCCGCCUCACUGUGACACUCACAGCGCUUUCUCUGGCCCAAUCGUCUCUCUGUCUCUUGGGAGUGACGUUGUGAUGGAAUUCAGGAGUGCUUCUGGAGAAGAUACAUGCGUACUUCUUCCUCGUCGGUGUAUUCUGCUAAUGACUGGUGAGAGUAGAUACAACUGGACUCAUGGAAUCACUCCCAGAUGUAUGGAUAUCGUUCCGAGUGGUUCAGAAAAUGCAUCUCUGACGAUUUUAAAGAGAUCCAUCCGAAUUUCCUUCACAUUCCGAACACUGAGACGAGGAGAAUGCGAUUGUAAUUACUCCACUUUCUGUGAUACGAAGAAAAGGGAGACCGAGAAGGGAGGAAAUUCAUUGGAAUUGGCCAAAAUAGCUUCAAAAGUAGAAGAGGAAAAUGUUCACAAGAUCUACAAUGAAAUUGCACAGCAUUUUAGUGAAACAAGACAUUCUCCAUGGCCUAAAGUAGCAGAAUUUAUAGCUAGUUUGCCAUCAGGAUCGUCUUUAAUGGACAUUGGCUGUGGAAAUGGAAAGUAUCUGCUGGCCAGAGAGGAUGUCAUCAAAAUUGGCUGUGAUAGAAGUGAUGUUCUGCUGAAAGUUUGCCAGGAGAGGCAGUUGAAUACUCUUCUCUGCGAUUGUCUGGCCAUUCCAGUGCGAAGCAAUUCAGUUAGUGCUUGCAUUAGUAUUGCUGUAAUUCACCACUUGGCUUCUGAGGAUCGCCGAGUUCAGGCUGUGAGGGAAAUGGCGAGGAUUCUAGAGAAGUCCGGGCGAGGAUUGAUCUAUGUGUGGGCGAAGAAUCAAGAGGCGGAUAAGAAGAAGUCUAGUUAUUUAAAGCAGAACAAGAAGUGCAAUGAGAAAGAUGAAAAUCCGAUGAGGGAUGACAAACUUCCCCUGCCUGUGCACACAAAUCGAACGCAGUUCAAGCAUAGAGAUAUUCUUGUGCCUUGGAAGUUGAAGGACGGCACGGAGCAUCCCAAAACCUUCCUGAGAUUCUACCAUGUCUUCGAGGAGGGCGAAUUGGAGGAGCUCUGCGGAAAAAUUGAGGGAAUUGAAGUCAUUCAAUCAUACUAUGACCAAGGAAACUGGUGUGUUGUCUUCGAGAAGACACUUUAUUCACACUGA